UUCCUCCGCCUCCCUUCUGUUCCCGCCGUCGAGAUCUGCGGCAUCUCUCGGCGCCGCACCGACCCGUCCCCAUUUCCGCCGCUGGCGAUUUUGUUCGUCGGAUUCGCCCCCCUCCCCUCCCUUUUUGUUGUUCCAGUGAUCUGCUAGGUUGGGAGUUGGUUUUGUCUGUCAGAUAUGAUGAUUGUAUCCAUCCCCCGCAACUUUUUUCCGUGUAGAUUUGUUUAGGUUGUGCCGUUUCUGGGAUGCGUUUGAUUGAUCUGCUAAGCGCGGUUGCUGGGAUGUGUGUCAGUUUGAUCUGCUGAUCUGUAAUUGAUUGGUUGUUGGCAUUCGAGUUGUUCAUGUGAGGCUGGCUUGCUUAGUUGUAGUAGUCUGAUGUAUUCAGUCAAUUCGAACGGAUGUAUUCUGUUCCCGGGCCUUUAAUCCAUAGACCAUUUCUCUUCACUGGUAUCGUUUAGUGGGUAUGUGGUUUACUCUGUAAUUCCUUUUUUGAAUUUACAGUGUAAUCCCCAUUGUUUUUUAGAGUGAUUUUCAGUGUAUUUUAUACUGGAUUUUCAUUGUAAUUUUCUAGUGGAUAGGUAGAAUAUUUGUAGUGUAAAUCCAAAGCAAUUUGUAGUGUAAUCCCUGGUUAUUUUGUAGUGUAAUUUCAGUGUAUUUUGUCAGUGGAUCUGCACUGUAUUUGCUAGUGGAAUAACAAUGUAUAUGUCCUAAUUGCAGUGUAUUUUUGUUAGUGGGGUUGCACUGUAUUUGUUAGUGGAAUUACAGUGUAUUUGUCAGUGAUGUACAGUGUAAUUUGAUAGCUGAUUUAUAGUGUAAUUGCCAUGGAUUUGCACUGUAUCCUCUAGUGGAAUUACUGUGUAAUUCACUUGAAUUUUUAUAGUGGAAUUGCGUUGUGGAUUUACAGUGUAAUUGAUAGCUGAUUUUACAGUGUAAAUUCAGUGUAAUUACACUGUUAUUGGUAGCAGAGGAAUUGUGACUGUUCUUGUGAUGCAUCGCUAGUUUGUAAGUUCUUGUGAUGCAUCUGAUUCCAGUGUAUUUUCUUAGAGGAUUUAGACUGUAAUUAUAUUCAGAUUUACACUGCAAUCUUCAUCGGAAUUCCAGUGUAUUUUUCUUAGUCGGUGAUUACAGUGUAUUUACAAUGUAAUUCUCAGUUGGUUUCCACUGUAAUUCGCAGGGGAUUUCUACACUGUAAUUCUCAGUGGGUUAUGUAGUGAAAUAAAAGAAAUGUAGACUGUAAAUGCUAUCAAUGAAUUUCUUAUUUAUAUUUUUGUUAUGUUUUAUCCCUUCUGCCGUUUCAUCUCAGACUUUUUGUCCUUUUCUUUGCGUUUGUACAUAUUUAGGUUAUAGAUUAAAGUAUGGGGAAACUCAUGAAGGCUUUUGGUAAGGGCACUUCUGCUGCUUGUGUUGAUGAUUGUGAUGAUUCAGAUGGGGAUCCUUUUGUCCCCAAUGAUUUUGCCGAGGAUGAUCCUUUUCAAGCUUCGGAGGAAGGUCAAAUGGAUGAUCCUGAUUUGGAGAAAGCUUUGUAUGAGUUCUACGUGUCUCAUAAAGUGAAUUGCUUAACGGAAGAUUACAAAUGCUGGAGCUCGCAAUGUGGUAUUUUAUUUUUUGUUGUUUAUAUUUCCUUUUUUUGCAUGCAACUUCUCUAUGAUAGAUAUGGAUAUAAGUUUUAGAUAAGUCAUUUUGUAAUCUUCAUCAUAUCUAUUCUUUUGUGGAAUGGCUAUUGAUGCACAAGAACCUAGUUCCAUAUAGUUCUAGUUGUUGUUGCUAGAUGUCUUUCUUUUGUUUCUUUUUAAUGUAAAUUAUCUUGAUUUUUUCUUUUGUUUGUGUUUCUUGUUGUGUUGUAGAAGCGCAAGAGGUCUUCUGAUUUUCCUGUAGCCACUACAUUCACUAGAUACUCUGGCAAGUUGUUCUCCACCGUUAUUGGUGGCUUGUCUCUUAGGCAAGUCCGUGUUCUUCAGAGCUACAAGAUAGAUUGCCUUCUCAAAUUUGUGAGGACAGAGGUGCCUCUUAGGUUUGUCAAAUGGUAGUGUCCAAAUUUGAUCUUGCUUCAGAGAUUCAGAUUAGGAAGAAGUUUAUUCCGAUUCCCAAAUAUGUCAAACAUGACAUCUUAGAUCUUCCUGUUGAUGGUGAGCCCAUUAUGUCCGAUGCUGAGGCUGGGCGUGAGUUUAUCUUGUCCCAUUUCAAUGUGACCAGCAUCCCACCGGUUUCUUUCUUCUGCAAUACACUCAAAUCUGAAGAAUUGCCUGAUGAAGACACUUUCAUCUGCUUCAUGUGUAUUGCCUUGUCCACUUUCUUGU